AUGGAGUUUAAACCACCUGCUGAGUUAUCGUUCUCGGGUAGUAUUGCAGAAAAUUGGAGGAAUUGGAGGCAGAAAUUGGAAUAUUAUCUUUUAGCAACUGAAAAGGAAAAAAAAGAAGAUAAAGUUAAAAUAGCAAUUUUACUCAACUUGAUUGGUGAUGAAGGUUUGGCUAUAUAUAAUACGUUUGGACUAUCUACUGAAACGUCGACGUAUGAUGCUGUAAUUAAAAAAUUUGAGAAUUACUGUAAAGAAAAAAAGAAUGUGUUAUUUGAGCGGCAUAAAUUUUUUAAAACAUUGAGAAUUGAUGGUCAGACUAUUGAUAAUUAUGUGACAGGGCUUCGCACUAUUGGAGCAAACUGUGAAUUUGGUGAUCAGUUAGAAUCGUUAAUUAGAGAUCAAAUUGUGUUACACUUAACAGAUCAAGGGCUACAGGAAAGAAUAUUGAGAGAAAGUGAGCUAGGUUUACUUAAAGUAGUUGAAUUUGUAAAAGCAUCCGAAACUACAAAGGAACAAGUGAGAUUAAUACAAGAGAAAUCUGUAGAAGUACAUGGAUUAAGAAGAGGUAAUAAUAAAUCUAAUUUUAACACAGCUAAUGAUGAGGGCAGGAAACUUAAUAAUCAUUUUAGCCUUAAAUAUGGGAAUCACAGUGGUGUGAAUAGCACUAAUAAUGCAGUAGACUAUCAGUGUCGGAAGUGUGGAAAUAAACACAGAGCCAAUAAUUGUCCAGCAUAUGGAAAGUAUUGCAAUUUAUGCAAUAAGCCAAAUCAUUUUGCACUUGCAUGUUUUAAAAACAAGAAAAAUAUAAGUUUAGUAAAACAAAAUAAGUAUGAAAGUGAACAGGAUUAUGCAGAUUCCCUUAUAGACUCGUGUGAAUUAGUUGAGAGCUCAAGAAAAAUAUGUAAAAUUAAUCUUUUACAGUGGUCACAAAAAUUAAUUAUUAAUAACAAGGAAUUGGAGUUCAAGCUUGAUACAGGAGCUGAGAUUAAUGUAAUGCCAAUAAGCUGUCUGUUCAAAUUGGGAGUAAAUGCUGACAAUAUAUGUAAUAAUAGACAAAUAAUUUUGGAGGUAUUUGGAGGUAAUCGGUUAAAAUCUUCAGGAGUUAUUAAAUUGAAGUGUAGUGCCAAUAAUGCUAGGAAUUGCCAACUUAGUUUUGUGGUAGUGGAUGAUGCAAAUAAUAAUAAAAUUAAACCCUUACUGGGUUUGGACGGCUGUGUUAAAUUAAAUUUAAUUAAAAGAAUAAAUGAUCUUACAGUAGAUAAUCAAAAGAAAAUGGAAAUUUUGAAGAGAAAUGAAGACAUAUUUAAUGGAACUGGACUGAUUAAAAAUUAUGAGUGUCACAUUAAAGUGGAUAAAUCUGUAGAACCAGUCAUCAGACCUCCUAGAAGAGUACCUUUAGCUAUUAGAGACAGCCCACAUUAUCCACAAUCAAAUGGAAUGGUGGAGAAAGCAGUUGGUAUUUGCAAGAACCUGAUGAGAAAAUGUUACAAAUCUGGACAAGAUUUCAAUUUAGGAUUAAUGGAGUAUAGAAACUGUCCAGUUACAGGAUUGUCAGAGAGCCCAGCCCAACUAAUGAUGAGCAGACAGCUAAGAACAGUCCUCCCAACUAUUGAUGAAAAUCUGAUGCCAAAUGUUGUUAGGGUGAAGGAGGAUAAAGAGCUUAAACAGAAAAAGUCUAAGUUAUACUAUGAUAAAACUUCACAGCAGAGAAGAGGUUUCAAUGAGGGUGAAAGUGUGGUCCAUAGAAGAGGAAGGAGAUGGGAGCCAGCCCAGAUUAUUAAAUCUAACAAUACGCCUAGAUCCUACAUAAUAAGAACUGAGGAUGGUCAAACAUUAGUUAGAAAUUCAGUUCAUCUACGGAAAUCGGGAAAUCCUUUUGCUAUUAAUGGAGAUCAAAAUAGUUAUCCCACUUUAGAAAACAACACUACUGAAAGUAAUGAAUCGAAUACUGAGACUCAACUGGCUCCAGCUCAACUUCCACAAGAGAGUUCUGAGAUCACCUCUGAAACUUAUAACCCAGCUCUACCUCAAGCUAUGUCUAGAUACGGAAGAAGAAUUAUUAAACCUAGGAGAUUAGUGGAAGAA